AUGGACUCGACAGUACCCAAAGAUGUCUCUGAUGCAAACGAAAAGUUUCCAAAUGAUGCGAUAUUCACCAGACUCCGGCAAAUGUGUACGGAGAAGCCUGACUUGUUGUUCCAUGACGACUAUGGCGUUGAUGCCUGCUACAAUGAUUUGAUCCGCGAUGUGAUACACUUGCGUCAAAUACUGAGAGAACAGCUACCAAUAUCUUCCUUUGACGCAGACGGAUCGCUGAAAGAGGACUCCAAGUCUAUUGGAUUUCUUGCGAACAGCGGAUACUACUUCAUUGCGAGCUUCUUUGCCAUUGCUGCGCUGGGGGGCAUUUGCGUCCCUCUCUCCACUGAUGUAAACGCCCAGGAAGCGAGUUACUUUCUGAAGAAGACAAGAGUCACGUAUCUUCUCACAGAGGCGAGCAUGUUCGACAAGGCGGCAGAAUUCCGAGACUACAUACACACCCAGCCGGAUCAGGUAUUGAACUUGAUACAGCUGUCAAGAGCGCCAACCGAGCCAAGUUCUGUUCCAACCAACUGGGAGAUUGACGAGAAGAUGACCUUUUCACCCACCGACGGAUGCCUUGUUCUCUUCACCUCUGGUACGACUGGGCUACCAAAGGGCGUUCUCCUCCCCCGCAAGAUGUUCCACUUUACCGAUGCUCCCCCAUCCCAGGAGGUUGUCUAUCUUGCGUCUUGCCCCGUUCAUUGGGUCGGAGGCACGGGUCUCAUUGACAGUGUGCUCGUUGGCGAGAACUUGCAUAUGAUGAAGAGCGGAUCUGAGCCCAAGGACUUCUGGGAAAUUCUUCGUGGCGGCAGAAUUACUGACAUGAGCGUGUCGCCGACGCUUUUGAGGAGACUGGUCGAGUAUUACGACGAUGAGAUCCAUCACCUUCCAGAAGAAGAGCGCAAGGCGUAUAUCAAUGGGAGCCAAAGCCUCAAUUCUGUCUUCACAAGCGGCUCCAUGCUGAACCCCUCUCUCGCGCAACGCUUCAAUGACUUGACUGGUACGCAUAUAAGGAAUGGAUACGGGAUAACGGAGAUGGGCGGCGGGGUUAUGGCCACUCCUGAGGGCUCAACCAUAUCUGAGGGAUACGUUGGAAAGACCUUUCUGGGCGUCACAGUGAAGCUUUCUGAGGGAGAUCACGGAGAAGUGCUGGUCAAAACGCCCAACAUGUUUAUUGGGUAUUUUGACGAUGAGGAGGCAACACGUGCUUCCUUUGACGACGACGGCUUCUACAAGUCUGGAGAUUGCGCCCACCGUGUGGGUGAAGAUUAUUACUUUGACGGCCGGCACUCUUGUGACUGGAUUCGCUUUCACGAGUACACCAUCUCUGUUCUUGAGCUUGAGCAGCGUCUGAUGGAUCUGCCAUACAUAAGCGAAGCUCAUGUUCUGCCUGUGCGAGACCGCGAGGCUGGCGGAUUAGUCGCUGCGCUUGUUCGCCUAUGCAAGCAAGAAGGCGAUGGAGAAGAAGAACAACACACGAUUGACCUUCGAACUGUUCGCGAGGAUCUCGCUCGCGCUGGAGUGGUGUCGUACAAGCUGCCGACCAUCCUACGAUUGCUCCAGAAGGGAGAACAAGUGCCAUGUACGGCUUCUGGAAAGGCGCAAAAGAAGGAAGCUCUGCGACAGUACUUUGGUAUCACCGAUUGUAUGCCGGAUGAGUACAUGCAUGAAGGUGUGGAUUACUGGGGGAAUAAGCUUGAUUUGAAUGCUUCAUCUCGUCUGUUUGACUGGGGUGGUCUGUAG